AUGGCCCAUCAACUCCCUCCGAAGAUCGAUACCCACCACCACUUUGUCCCCGAAUUUUAUCGCCAGGCCGUAGAAGAUGCAGGUGGCGACCCAACCGGACUGCCAGUCCCCGCGUGGACGGUCGAAGACUCCCUAAAUGACAUGGAGGCAAACGGCGUCCGAAGAGCCAUCCUCUCCCUGACAACACCCGGGGCAGUUAUUGCCGGUGAUAAUGAAUCCAUACGCGCUCUCGCUCGAGAAGCCAACCAAUAUGCCGCGAACAUUCGCGAUCGGUAUCCGGAGCAAUUCGGGUUCCUGGCAGCCUUACCAUCACUCCUGGAUAUCCCCGGUACCCUCGCCGAGAUCGAAUACGCGCUCGACGUCCUGCAAGCCGACGGCGUCACGGUGUUUACCCGAUACGGCGACGGGAACAACUACCUCGGCCAUUCGCAGUUCACACCGGUGUGGAGGGAGCUGGAUGCCCGGAAGGCAGUGGUUCUGAUCCAUCCGACCAUGCCGGCCGAUAAGAACUGGAUUGAUCCGAUUAUGCCGCCGCCGAUGCUUGAUUUCCCGCAAGAGACGACCCGGACGGCGGUGGACAUGAUUGUCAAUAAUGUCACGCAGCAGUUCCCGAACUGCCCGAAGAUCCUCUCUCACGCUGGUGGAACCCUGCCGUAUCUUAUUUCCAGGCUGGCGGUGACAUCGGAAGAGACGAUGAGCCAGAAGGGGCCGUACGGGAAGACCUACUUCGAGUUCAUGGAUGCUCUUCGUUCGUUCUAUUAUGACUUGGCGCUGUCGAGUGCUCCGGCUGUUUUGAAUCUGUUGAUGGAUCUGGUGCCCCAUGAGCAUAUUCUUUACGGAUCUGAUUAUCCGAAUGCGCCGCCGAUCAAAGUAGCAGGAUACCGGGAGAAUCUCGAUGCGUUUGCUAUGGACGAGGAGUUGCGGAAGAUGGUCUAUUUCGAAAAUGCGCAGAGGCUUUUCUCAAAAUGA